AUGGAGAACGGAUUAGUUGAUGUAAAUCAAUCAAAGAUGAACUUCUAUGCUUGUGCUUGUGCUGUUGUGGCAUCCAUGGUUACCAUCAUCUUUGGAUAUGAUACUGGUGUAAUGAGUGGAGCAAUGAUAUUCAUAGAAGAAGAUCUUGAAAUCAAUGAUACACAAGUAGAAAUUCUUGCUGGUAUCCUAAACAUAUGUGCAUUGGUAGGUUCUCUUCUGGCAGGAAGAACAUCUGAUUUCAUCGGUCGUCGAUACACAAUUGUCUCAGCCUCCAUCAUCUUCUUGAUUGGCUCUGUACUAAUGGGGUAUGGACCUAACUAUGGAAUCCUGUUAGCCGGACGGUGCAUUGCAGGCAUUGGUGUAGGCUUUGCACUAAUGGUUGCCCCAGUUUACUCUGCAGAAAUCUCGUCCACUUCAUCGCGAGGCUUCUUAACCUCUCUACCGGAACUUGGCAUCGCCAUUGGUAUCUUACUCGGUUAUCUCUCAAACUACGCCUUCUCCAAGGUGACAUUGAAACUUGGAUGGAGAUUAAUGCUUGGAAUUGCAGCAAUUCCUUCACUUAUGCUUGCUUUAGGCAUUCUCAAAAUGCCAGAGUCUCCAAGGUGGUUAGUAAUGCAAGGUAGAUUAGGAGAAGCCAAGCAGACCUUAUUUGCUGUAUCUAACACUCAAGAAGAGGCUGAAGCCCGUUUCAAGGAUGUGAAAAUUGCCGCUGGAAUAGAUGAAUACUGCAAUGAGGAGGUCGUCAAGAUGUCCGGAAAGAGUAGUACUCAAGGAGAAGGGGUGUGGAAGGAACUUAUAUUAAGUCCAACACCGGCUGUUCGAAGAAUGCUAUUCGCUGCUGUUGGAAUCCAUUUCUUUGAGCACGCGACGGGGAUCGAAGCAGUUGUGCUAUACGGUCCUAGGAUUUUCAAGAAAGCUGGUGUCACAAACAAGCAAAAGCUCUUGCUUGUCACGGUUGGGAUUGGACUUACAAAAUUCACAUUCAUCUUCAUCUCAACUUUCUUGGUUGACAAAGUUGGAAGAAGGAAGCUUUUGUUAAUAAGCACAACCGGCGCAAUCGUAGCACUUGCAACACUGGGAUUCAGCUUGACAAUGGUGGCACAUUCAGAGCAGAAGCUGUAUUGGGCACUGGUUUUAAGCAUUGUAUCAACAUAUGUAUAUGUUGGAUUCUUCAAUUUCGGGAUGGCGCCGGUGACUUGGAUUUACAGUGCUGAGAUAUUCCCAUUGAGGUUGAGAGCAGUAGGGCAUAGUAUUGGUGUUGCUGUGAAUAGGCUGAUGAAUGCUACCAUAUCAAUGACCUUUAUUUCAAUAUAUAAAGCUAUGACUAUAGGUGGUGCAUUCUUUAUGUUUGCUGGUAUAGCAGUGGUUGCUUGGCUGUUUUUCUUCUUCUUUUGUCCAGAGACGAAGGGAAGGUCCCUAGAAGAGAUGGAGGAGAUUUUUAGCAAGCGCAGACCUGGGACUAAAAAUGAAGGAACUUUUAGCCUGCUAAUGACGUGGUCUGUAGCAGUAUUCUUUAUGAGAGAAGAUGGCCUUGAGACCGUCCUGGAGGUCCCAAUACCAGACGAAAUGCUCACUAGCAUGGGCAGCAAUGUUCAACUACGUUGGCAAAACAUGCUCACAUGGAUGAAGGCUCAAACUUCCGAUAAAUGGUCGCAGCCAGUUAUCGCCAGACGCCUUAAUGAGCUUCGCUUCCUCCUUUACCUUGUUGGAUCUCCUCUUAUCCCCCUUCAGGUCCAAGUUGGCCACUCUGUUCACAAACCGUUGAGAGACUCUUCCAUUCAAGCUUCAACAGCCAAAUACAUUGUCCAACAAUAUAUAGCAGCUACUGGAGGGCAAGCAGCAUUAAAUGCAGUGCAUAGUAUGUGUGUGACAGGCCAAGUCAAAAUAAAAGCAUCAGAAUUUUAUCAAGCCAACGAGACCAUCAGUGUGAAGAAUGCUGAGGAAGCCGGUGGGUUUGUGCUUUGGCAAAAAGAUCCAGAUUUAUGGUGCCUAGAGCUCAUUGUGUCUGGAUGUAAGGUAAUAUGUGGAAGCAAUGGCAAGAUUUCAUGGAGACAUUCAAACAAUCAACAAGCACCAAUCUCAAAGGGUCCUCCCAGACCCUUGCGCAGAUUUUUACAGGGUUUGGACCCAAGAUCCACAGCCAAUCUAUUUAUAGAUGCAGCAUGCAUAGGUGAGAAGAUAAUAGAUGGUGAAGACUGUUUUAUUCUUAAGCUGGAGACCAGUCCUGCAAUUCGAGAGACACAGAGCGGCCCCAACUAUGAGAUCAUUCACCACACAAUAUGGGGCUACUUCAGCCAGAGGUCCGGCCUGUUGAUUCAAUUUGAGGACUCGAGGCUGCUAAGCAUGAGAAUAAAAGAAGACGACGAGGUCUUUUGGGAGACCAGCACUGAGUCAGUAAUGGAAGAUUACAAGUGUGUUGAUGGUGUUAAUAUUGCACACAGUGGCAGAACUCAUGUCAAAGUUUUUAGAUAUGGAGAGCAAUCAUCCAACCACAAGAAGGAGAUGGAAGAGAAAUGGAAGAUUGAAGACGUAGAUUUCAACAUAUGGGGUUUGUCAAAGGAUCACUUUCUCCCCCCUACAGAAAUUAAAAAUGAAAAACGAGGAGAUGGCUCACCUGAAAAUUACGGCAUAGCAGCAAACCACGAAAUUACGGCAUGGAAUUCAGAAAUUUACUUGAUAAUUGCAACCUGCAGCUAUCCAAUAUCAUCGCUGGCUGCUGGAGGAGCGUCGAAUUGGAUUGGACGCCGAUACACAUUGUUCUCCUCUCUCAUCAUCUUCUUCUUCGGCGUACCAAUUACACUGCGCGAAACUCCAUAUUCGAUCGAAAUGAAGUAUGAUGAUUCUCUUCCAGCAACGAACGUGAAGAAGGAAACCUCAGAUUCGAGUCUAUUAGGGAAAGGACGGUACAAGUUCUGGGCCUUUGCUGCAAUUUUGCUACUCGCAUUUUGGUCAAUGUUCACCGGGACCGUAACCCUACGUUGGUCAGCCGGAAAUCUCAAUCGUCUAUCAGACGAUGUAGAUAUCCAAAUCCACGACGAUCUUGACGUUCUCGAAAUGGAGGAGAGGGAGAAGGUGGUGAAGCAUAUGUGGGAUGUGUAUACGAAUAGUCGACGGAUCAGAUUACCGAGGUUCUGGCAAGAAGCUUUUGAGGCGGCUUACGAGGAGUUGAGCAGUGAUAUCCCUGAGGUUAGAGAAGCCGCAAUCACUGAGAUCGCAAAGAUGUCUGUGCGGUCCUUUGGUCUGGAUCCUCCUCCUGUCCAAUCAACGAGUGCACGAGAAAUAAGCAAGAACCUGAAGCAAGCAGGCAAGGGUGGAGGGGCAGUGAGCUCUACAGGGAGUCAUCGAUAAUGAGAAGAAUAUUCAGGAUCAGAGGCGAAAUCACCAAUUAUUCUGUACUCAUUAGCCACCUAAAUUUGUAAGAGGUAGUGAUGGGUGAAACCAUACUUAGUUCUCCAUGUUUUGAUAACAGGGACAAAUUAUGUAUCUAGUAAGGUUCUCAUUCUUCCAAAACAGUUUGAGCAGAUUGAUUUUGUAUGAGAAUUUCUUUAUCAGAUCCCUGUUAUAUGAAUAUUGAAUAUGAAAUUUUUUACUGUUUCACGAGUUUAUCUGC